AUCAAAUCCGGCAGCUACAAAGAAGUUUGGAAUGUUAGGUAUUCGGUUCUCUGUUCGAAGAUAUUUCGUCUGUUCACAAAAAUGGAGAGCAUAGUUUACAAGAGGAGACACUGGUGAUGAUACUUGCAUUUGAGAUGUGAGCUACAUGGUGCGUGGUGCCACCAGGGCCUGAAAGGGACCUGCCUUGCAGCGUAAUAUGUCCUCUGUAACGUGUUUGCACACUCCAACGAAAAAACCUAAAAUUGUCAAUGUGGUCCUGCUUGAUGGGAGUGAAUAUCUGGUCUACGUGGAUGUCAAGUCAAAAUUUCAGGAAGUUUUCAACCAGGUAGCAUCUCAUUUGAGUUUGAGAGAGACAGAAUACUUUGGACUUGCUCUGAAAAAAGAUGAUGAAUACCAUUUUCUUGUUCUUGAUGAAAAAAUUCACAAACAGGCUCCAAAACGGUGGAAGACUGGAGAAGGGGAGGGAUUUGAUUGUCAAGGACAGCUACUCCUAACAGUGUGGUUUCGAGUACAGUUCUAUGUAGAUCAGACAGUUCUAUUGAGGGAGAAGAUAACUCGGCACUUGUAUUACACUCAGCUGCAAGAGAACUUCCUGCAGUAUGAACACUGUUACAGUGUGGAGAAAUGCUUCCAGCUGGUUGGCUACACCCUUCAGGCAGACUUCGGCAACUUCAUACCUGAGAAACACACGGAGGGAUACUUCGAUCCUCGCAAAUAUUUCCCUGCAUGGAUAAUCAAGGAGAAAGGUUUGGAGUUCAUAUCAACAAAUGCGCCUGUAAUGCACAAAGAUCUUCACAAUAUGACUCGCAAUGUGGCAAAACUUAAGUUUAUUCGUGAGGUUUCUGGCCCACCGUCGGAGCAUAAUUUACAUUUUUACAAAGUGAAAAGAAAAAAGACUGAUAAAGUUACGAACAUGUGGUUGGCUAUAUGUGCUAAAGGAGUUCAAGUAUAUGAGAGCCUGAAGAAUCACUAUUGGAGAAAUUUAAUUGCAACUUUUCCUUGGCCUGAAAUUGGAAAAUUAUACUUUGAUAAAAACAAGUUUGAGAUUCGAUUUGUUGGUCGUCACAAAGGAAGAAAGUUUGCCUAUUACACAGACUGUGAUGAAAAGUCGAAGUAUUUGCUGUACUUUUGUCGAACCACUCACAUGUUCCAGAUGGCAAUUCAGCCAAAACUAAUGGAAAUCAGACAUUUAGAUGCUGAAGACCAAAGACGAUACAGAGAAUCGUACAUUUACAGUGAUGCCAAUGAUUUGGUAGCAAAUGGAGUCGUUUCACAAUACCGAGCCAAAGUUUGCCCAAAGAAGUCAAAGAACAAUCGUUUCUCUGUGAUCAGCAAUGGAAGUUCGGCUACCUCAUCAGGCAUAGUCAGUGAUAAGAUGCCAAGCUUUGACGAGAGUGAAGAACACAAGGAAAUAAUGAUAGACAGCCCUCCUUACCCACUUAUAGGAACACCAGGCCAAAGUUGUACAAAGUUUCGUCACCCAAGUAACUUGCAUAAUUUUAACCCAGUAACCAGGAGUCCCGGAUUGGCCCCUCAUUCACUGGAACUGUACAAACCACUGACCAGUCGAAAAGGUAGUGGACAUAGUCCAACACUGGGUGGUGGCAGUCUCGGUGACAAGUCUCCCGUCAGCAGUAGUGGAAGCUAUCACAAACAACUACAACAGCAGCAGGUGCUGUACACAGAUCGUGCCCCGAAUUACCUUACUCACAGCUCACACAGCCCCUCGUCGCCCAGUGAACCGGAAAAAACGUCAUGGCCUGCUGCAUGUCGUACCGAUAGCUUUAACAAUGGACAGCCAUCAUUACUGCAGGUUCAUGUGGACUCCAGUCCUACAAGCGACAGCAGAGAGACAUCUGCAGUCGCCAAGGAACAUUUGACACCACAGCACGUACCUGGGAGGAAAGUGAGCAGCACGAGUGACUCUGCUUAUGCCAGUAUUCAGGCCAGUCUUAAUCUGUCGUACACCGCCCCAUCACCUUUUUUGCAACCCAUUUCAUCGUCUGGUGUGACGACUCUGUCAGACAAUUUGCCGUCCACGAGCGGCGCUUCUGGUCUGUCGCCAGCGAUGAUCCCAGACAUGGAGGUUCAGCUGAAGAAUGCUCAAGAAGUGUACGUUCCACAGUCGAGUUGUUUUGCCGACGGGGCAUGUGUGUCGGAGAUUCCAGAGGACCCGGUUUACAGCAUGCAGAGCGUAAUGGUUCCCAGCGAAACGGUGUUCACGUCCGAAGGGUGCGGAGCCACAGCAGCUGGGGCAGAGGCCUCUGAGGGAUUUGUCUUGCUGCAGGAAAGUUGUUCUGAAAUGGCCACUGCUGCAAAGUCCAAGCUUUCUACCGGCAUUGAUGCUGAUUCAACAACAAAGCCAAAGAAAACCAAACAGGCCACAGGUCGUAAAUCUCGACAAGCAUUACACCCCGAGUUGGAGGAGAUCCGCGACCAGUCUCACGCCCACUCGCUGCCCCUCAUUACCGCCCUGUGUAACGACCUGUCGCUCAUGCACAACAACAGCAGCAAUGGCAGCGGCUCGUGUGGCGGAAACGACCUGUCAACGAUGAGGUCGUCCGAUUCCCACCACUCGGACGACUCGCGGAGGUGGUCCAUAAAUCACCUGCACGAGACGGACACUAUGAUUACCUUUCAUUCGUCGCGACCCUACAGCUGGAACUGUCCCGAGCAUUUCAACGUGGACAACCCACUGCCCCUGUCGCGCGGUUCACAGUACCAGUUUCAGAAAGUGUUCGAGUGCUCCUCGCUGAACCCUACCUCAUCUUGGACUAGUGCCAUUGCAUGCAACAUGCCUCACAGUGGCUCCCUGGAUAGGUACAUGUAUUUCCCUGAACUAAUUGCUCAAUGAUGUACGAGUAGAAAAAAAAAAAAACUACAUAAUAUGUGCUGAUUCAAAACGCUAUUUGAAGUCACUGAACUGUGUUGUAUUAUGUCUAGGUUAUGGCAACUUAUUGGGAAUAGUGCAUUGUGUUAGGAGAGUUACCGGUAUGUCCUUGGUAUAAGAUUAUGUGACAUUUCAAAAAAAAAAUGGUGAGUAAUCCUACUGGGUGUUCGUAUUUGCUAACCAGAUAUAGGUAGUGUUACUCUCACAAAUUUAGUUUUUUUGGCAGCGCUGUAGGAGAGUCGAUGAAAAAGGAAAUUUGUGAUAGUAAAACCACCAAUAUAUGUCUGCAAAUAGGAAAACUAAGAUUAUGCCUCUUAUAAUUUCCACUGUGUUUUUAAAAAAAAACCCUAAUUGUCUGGUUUUUAGUAAGAAUAACCAUUACACACGUCGCCAGCAGGUGACUUUUUAGGUAACCCAGUAAAUAUAACUGGGUGGCCAAACCAUUAUCGAUUCUAACAUAGACUGCAUAAUUAGAGAUGUUUUAUUCAUAUUAUUAUGGAUAAAGCCUAAUUGAAGAAUUUGUUUGUUUCUGACUUUUAAUUUAUUCAAUAUUUAACAAAUUCCAUAUGCAAUAUUAGGUACACUAGCAAAAUUGUCUUUAUGAUGUUGUUACAAAACAUAAAGGUUUUACUAACCCAGAUUUUAGUAGGGAUCCAGUCGGAUUGAUUGAAUUAGAAGAGUGCUUUCUUGUGUUAUUCACUAUUUGCAGAUCUUAUAGUUUGCUGGGUUUUUUACAAACUUAAUCAAGGUCAUGCAAUUUCAGAAUAGUUGAUGUGAAAGUAUUUUACCACAUGUAGUAAGAUUUAGUAUAACACUCAAUUUAUCAUCCGUUUGUUCCAAUAAUUAACAAAAUAUAUUAAUGUAUCAUGUCUUUAAUCAGGCCCUAAUCUUGAUUGUGAAAUAAGCGUUUACAACAGACGUCAAGACCCCAACUUGUUUAGUGUCUCAUUUGACAUCUUGUUGCAAUGUUUUUACUUUGGCGCCAGACUGUAUAUUGACGUAUGUCAUGCCAUUUGCUGUGACCAGUCAAACAUUGUUAAUCCUCAGCCACAUUCAUUUCAGUAAAUAUUAAUUAAUUCUUUCAUUUUAAGAUAACGGCACAUUAUCAACUACUUAAUAAUAUCAUGUUUUUAAUGAAACAUCGAACUGUUUUGUUUAAAUUUUAUUGUGGGAAGUAGUGUUUUAUAUCGAAACAUUAUGAUUAAACCAAAUGUAAAAUUAGUAAUAUUUCCGAUUGAACACAGAAACGGUACGAAAUGUGCUGAUAUACCGGUAUGUUCACUUUGGCUAUUUUUAUUAUACUUUUCUCCUUUCUUCUGGGAAGGGAGAAGUCACUUCUACUUUUUCAAUUCUAGAUAAUGGCCUGCUUUAAUCUAAUAAAGCCAUCUAAAGUUUCUUUAUAAAUCCUCUAAAUUAUUUAUGCCCACCUAAUUUUAUGCAUUUUAUUUUUAUAUCACAGAGGACGAAUAUGGAAUAUUGUAUAUAUUUUACACUAAUUGGGCAAUCAGUAGCCAAAAUCAUUACCGGUAUUCAAUAUACUUUUAAACAUUGGCUUGAUCAUGCAUCGAAAUAAGUCAAGAAUUCUCAUUCAGGUAUACCACAUGACAAUUAAGUCAAGAAUGACUCUUUGUUUUUAACCUAUGGUAGGCAGUUUUUGUUUUCUACUUAUUGUUCUGCUUUUGCUUUUGCUCUUAGGUCUACCAGUUUGAUUACUACUAUUAAUACUAUUUAUUUGUAUUCUUAGCCAAAAGAAACAUGCUACUAGUAUGUCUAGCUUACACAAAAAAACAUUUUCUGCUUCAUCAGAUGAAAUUUGAAGAUUUUACUGUGUAUCUUGAAUACUGAUGUUUAGUAAACAUUAUAAUUUUAACUUUUAUCAAUGUUUCAAAAGUGGCAUGUAUUACAAUUGUUGUUUUUUCUGAUAAAAUUAUGUUCUGUUUCUCUGCUUCUUCGUAUCACUAAGUGCUUUUAUUAAGUGUCCCUUGACAUAAAGAAUUUAAAAGUGAUUGUUUUUAUCAAUUGUGUAUGUUGUUAUAAGUUGUCAUGUUUGUACAUAGUUAAGCCAGUAUAUGAUAAUUAAUCAUUGUACCGAUUCAUAAACAGUUACUCUCCCCUUCCAGAUUGUGGCAGAUUUGAUUUUAUAUAAUAUGUACACAAAAUUAAGCAUUUAUGUUAGCAUAUAUAUCUACAAUGUCAUAUUCAGAUUCAGUUUUAGUUAUCAUUCCAUCCAUUUUACAUUGUAUUUGUAUUCAGUCAUUUAAAAUGUACUUUUUUUAUAUAGCAUUAGUAAAUCAACAUGCAUUUUAACUUGCAGUUUGUAUGUAAGGCAAAUGUUUUUCCAUUGUUUGUACAUAACCCAGCAUAAUGAUGUCACUUGAAAAACAUUAAUCUUGGCUAAUAGUUAAGCUAAUCCAAGUGUCGCUUUUUGCAUUAUAAUUUAAUCUUGUGCUGAAGUCACUUUUUGGCAUUUAUAUUUUAUUUUUACGAUGUAUAUGAAUGGCAUAUUUAUUGGUCUUCCUGAAUGCAGUUAUUGUUGGUUUUUGCUUUUCUCCUUAUAGACAGGUUGUUUUGGUCAGUAACUUCAAAGUACUGUGAACAACCACACAUGAAUCAUGCCAUUGGUCUGCCAUGAAGAGUGUGAAAUACCAUAUUGUACAAAUUGGCUUCAUUAUUGAAAGCAACUUUUUCUGAAACAAAACCCUGGAAGAUUUUAUUAUUAUUAUUAUUUUAACGAUACCACUAGAGCACAUUGAUUUAUUAAUUAUCGGCUGUUGGAUGUCAAACAUUUGGUAAUUUUGACAUAUAGUCUU